GGUGGAUCGUGGGGCUCUUGUUCAUCGCGCGUUUACCUCAGAAGCUCCUCUCCGGAAUGGUCGAAAGGGAGGGCGACGCCUGAACACAGGAGCACUAGUAGUACAACGCGUACGCUCUCGCGAGUUGUGGUUUGGAAUUGGAUAUCUGAGAGUAGCCUCGGGUGGAAGGGAAGGCCCGACUCGGCCGCGGGCACUAGUUUGCUUCCCCUGCUGUGCUCGGCUUACAACUCCCCAGGUGUGUUUUUGCCUCCGGAGCAAGUCCUUUUCGACGUGGCUCCCAGGUCAAGAAUUCUCUUGGUGAAUUUUGGGGCUUUUUGUUUUGGCGAC